UUGUAACGAAAAACAAACAGAAGAAAUUAAAAAAAGAAACCGACCCCUCCUCCUCCUUUUCCCACUCGAUUCUUUCUUGCUCCACAAGAAGAGCGCGCCUUAAUCCGCAACCACCCCCCGCCCACACAGCCAUCCAAACCUCGCCUUCUCCCCCGAUUCCCUCCGCGAGUUCGUCGGCGUACGGGACUGCUUCGCCCUCUCCUCGCCUCGCUCGCCGCCGUCUCGCUAGAGCCAUGGCUACGCCGCUGGUAGCUGGGCUGUCGGUAGCUGCGGCUGCGAUGGGAAGCAGAUACAUGAUUCAGGCAUGGCAGGCCUUUCGAAUCCGCGCGGCCAUGCCACGCGUGCGUAAAUUCUACCCCGGCGGAUUCGAGACAGAGAUGAGCAAAAGAGAAGCCGCGUUGAUCCUUGGCGUAAGAGAACGUGCUGCGCUGGACAAGAUAAAGGAGGCGCACAAGAGGGUGAUGGUAGCCAAUCACCCUGAUGGUGGCGGCAGCCAUUACAUUGCGUCCAAGAUAAACGAGGCCAAGGACAUGCUCAUGGGGAAGGGGAAAUCCAGGUCCAUUUUUUAGCCGGUGCAUACGAGAUGGAAGUUAUUUUGCAUUGUUCGCAGUGACCGGUGAGGUAGUGAUUCGCUUUCCAUUGACAUCAUUAACAUCGUUGUGCUGAUACCGUGCAUCUGAACAAAGAUGCGCGUUAUGGAAGAAACAGAGUAAUGUGGCUGAUGUAAGUUUACCCAGAGGCUUCAGUUAUCAUGCUAAUAUAACCUUCUGUUGUGACAAUUGGGCUGUCUUACUUGAAAUAUUGUAUAUUUGGGGCUUGUUCCUUA